CGCCGGAACUCCGACUCGGUAGAAACCGAAGACGCAGAAGAGAGGAACGCAUCGAGCAUGAAGAGGCAGGGGGCCUCCUCGGAGCGGAAACGGGCGCGCAUACCGUCCGGGAAAGCCGGAACAGCAAAUGGAUUUCUCAUGGAAGUGUGUGUUGAUUCAGUAGAGUCAGCUGUAAAUGCAGAACGAGGAGGUGCUGGUCGGAUUGAAUUAUGUUCUGGGUUACUGGAAGGAGGAACCACACCCAGCAUGGGUGUCCUUCAAGUAGUGAAGCAAUGUGUCCAGAUCCCAGUUUUUGUGAUGAUUCGGCCACGUGGAGGUGACUUUUUAUAUUCAGAUCGUGAAGUCGAGGUGAUGAAGGCUGACAUUCGUCUUGCCAAGCUUUAUGGUGCUGAUGGUUUGGUAUUUGGAGCAUUGACUGAAGAUGGAAACAUUGACAAAGAGUUGUGCAUGUCCCUUGUGGCUAUAUGCCGUCCUCUACCAGUCACUUUCCACCGAGCCUUUGACAUGGUGCAUGAUCCAAUGGCCGCUCUAGAGACCCUCUUAACCUUGGGAUUUGAACGAGUAUUGACCAGUGGCUGUGACAGUUCAGCACUAGAAGGGCUACCCUUAAUAAAGCGACUCAUAGAUCAGGCAAAAGGGAGGAUUGUGGUAAUGCCAGGGGGUGGUAUAACAGACAGAAAUCUACAAAGGAUCCUUGAGGGUUCAGGUGCUACAGAAUUUCACUGUUCUGCUCGGUCUGCUAGAGAUUCAGGAAUGAAAUUUCGAAAUUUCUCUGUUGCCAUGGGAGCCUCUCUUUCUAGCUCAGAAUAUUCUCAAAAGGUAACAGAUGUGGCACAAGUAAGGACUUUGAAUGCUAUUGCAAAGAAUAUUCUGGUUUAGUCAGACCUCUCUGAGAGACAUGGAUAUCACAAGAUGAAGGUAGAAGAGUAGUCUGUAAUUAUGACACAGCUUUAACCUUCUUCACUGGCCAGGACUGUCACAGUUUGAGUCUCACAUGGCCAUGGAGAGCGUUCCCAAGAAGACAAAGAAUUCGAGCAAAGCUACAAUCACUUGCUUUGUUUAAUCUUGCCAGCCAUCUCUAUUAUCAUGGUUAAAUGUGGUGUAUGCUUCUUCCACAGACAGAGGUUAGUCUGUUUUGUGGAAUUAAUUGAUGAACUGGGAAAACUGGACUGUAAGGUAUGAAUAUAGAGUGUGACUUCAGGAUCAAUUUAAUAGCAGUAUUUUGCUUUUUCAUUUGUAAAAUAAAAAUUUCCAUUCUAUU